AAAUAUGUUCAAAGUUCUGCAGAGACGAUCGUCUCAACUUUACUUAUUGCGACGAGUAAAAAGGCUUAACCUAAGUGCAUAUAACACCAGAUGUUAUGCCUCAUUAAAUGAUGGAGAUCCGGAUAAAAGAAAAGGGGAUUCAGAAGAUUUAUCCCAACAAGUUGAAGCAAAUCGCGAUAAUCCUAUUUCACGGACGCUCAAUCUUAUUGGUAAUGAUGUGAAACGCAUAAAAAAGUUCGUGUUGCCACGCUAUUAUGAAAAGAAAAGUAGUGGAGAUAAUCCAGCUUCUUCAGAAACGAUUGAAAAUUAUCUAGAGCGAUAUCGGAGGGAUGAUUUUCAAUCCCACUGUGAUGUCCUUGUCAUCGGUGGCGGAGGAGUUGGAUCUUCGAUUGCCUACUGGCUAAAAAAGCGUGCGCGAGAUGGCUUGAAUGUGGUGGUGUUGGAAAAGGAUUCAACAUACUCUCAAGCGUCUACAUGCUUAUCAGUGGGAGGUCUUCGACAACAAUUUUCUAUUGUGGAGAACAUUCAGAUGAGUCUCUAUGCAGCGGAUUUCAUGAGGAAAAGCAAUGAACAUCUCGGAAAAGAUAUAAAUUUAAAUUUCACUCCACAUGGGUACUUACUACUUGCUAGCGAAGCCGGAGCGGAACAGCUGGAGAAGAAUUCAAGGCUUCAGUGCUCGCUGGGUGCAAAGAAUGAGCUGUUAACGGCAACCCGGUUGAAGCAACGAUUUCCUUGGAUGAAUACCGACGGAAUUGCACUUGGCUGUCAUGGACUGGAAAAAGAAGGAUGGUUCGACCCUUGGGCUCUUCUUUCCGGUUUCAAACAGCGAGCAGUCGAAUAUGGUGCACACUACGUAGAAGGUGAAAUGGUUGGAUUCGGAUUUCGAAACCAACCGGAUAUUUUAGCGGAAGGCAUCGAGGAGGGUUCAUACGAAGGACUUGAUCGAGCAUUUGUGAAGUUAAAAAAUGGUGAAAUGCGUGAAAUUAAGUUUGCAAUCGCUAUCAUUGCUGCCGGAGCUCAAUCAGGUGCUCUUGCGAGGCUAGCCCGAAUAGGCACGGGAAAAGGAAUGCUCUCGAUACCACUCCCAGUUGAACCGCGAAAGCGCUUUGUAUAUGUUUUCCAGUGCGAAAACGAUCAAGGCCCAGGAAUCAAUACACCACUGACAAUUGAUCCGAGUGGAACAUAUUUUCGCCGGGACGGUCUUGGUGGUAAUUAUCUUGGCGGAAAAAGUCCGCUAGCCGAGGAGGAACCACCCAUAGAUAACUUGGACGUAGAUCAUGGGUUUUUCGACCAAACUGUAUGGCCAAAUCUAGCUCAGCUGGUUCCCAGUUUCGAGGCUAUAAAAGUGAAAAAUGCGUGGGCGGGAUACUACGAAUUCAAUACGUUUGAUGAAAAUGGAAUUAUAGGACCUCAUCCUUACUACAACAAUCUUUACAUUGCUACUGGAUUUAGUGGUCAUGGAAUUCAACAAACACCCGCUGUAGGAAGAGCUGUCUCGGAAAUGAUUAUCGACGGAGGCUUCAGAACGAUCGAUCUGACCAGAUUUGGUUUCGACCGAAUAAUAGUCGACCAACCUAUGUACGAGGCAAACAUCUUCUAAAUAAAGGAUAUUGUUUUACAAUAUACGUUGUAA